GGAGAUUCAAGAUAAAGAAAGGACAAAAAAAUGAUAAUUUUGACAUAACAACACGAAUGCAAUAUGAUAUUGCUAUAAAAGAAGGAGAAGAAGUAGAUAAGACAAUCCGUGUUAUGAUUAUAGGAUGUUACGGUCAAGGAAAAACUACUUUGGCAAGAAGAUUAUUAUCUAAGAGUAUUGGAAUCAUAGAAAGUACCAACGGCAUUGACAUCUAUGAUGUUUCAUGCUCAGAACAUGAAAACAAAUGGAAAGAAAGUCCUCAUGCUAAUGAUGCAAAGUAUCAAAGAAUGCAAAGACUGUUAAAUAUUCAAAUUCCAGAAAGUAAGAAAGAAACUACCCGUUACGAGCAACCUAUAUGUCAUAUUGAUAGUACUGAUGAGGAAGGCAAAUGUACACAUAAUUACUUGACAGUUGAAUCAAAGAAUACUCAAAUGAGAGACAAAGACACAUUUUUUGACGACUUUAAGAAGAUGAAACAGAAAAGAGGAAAAUCAAAGGACGCAGAUCAAUAUAAGUUAUCAUUAUGGGAUUUUGGAGGUCAAUAUAUAUUCUACGCUACUCAUCAGCUAUUUCACAGUAGGCAUGCUAUCUACUUACUUGUGUUUGAUCUAACAAGAGGGUUGCAUACACCAGUAAUAGACGAAGACUAUCCUGGCGGGACAAGUCAUAUGAGAUCAAUGAAAAAUUACAUUGAGUUUUGGGUUUCAUCUGUUCAUUCGUAUGUCGGAACAAAAGAUGGUUCUAAACCAAAGAUUAUUUUGGUAGGAACACACAUGGACAAACUUGGGGAUUACAACAAAGCCGAUAGAUACUUUGAAGAUGUCAGGAAACUUUUUGAUGGACGCAAAAUGGGGUCUCAUAUUUAUCGUGAAACUUUUGCUAUUUCAGGAACUGAUCCGAAUCAUCGAGAGAUUUUUCGUAUCAAAAGGACUAUUUUACAGAUAGGAAUGGAAGAUAAACAAUUGUUACCAGCCCGUUGGAUUCCUUUGGAAUUUGAGCUUAGGAAAAGACAAGAAGAGAACAUUUUGAAGUAUCAAGAUAUAGUUCAAAUAAACAAAAAAGAUUUAGAACAUCCAAUCCCCUCCGAAGAACAACUGAAGUCAUUUCUGAAAUUCCAUCAUGCGAAUGGAACAUUCAUUUACUUUGACGAAGGUGUACUAGCAGAUUACGUCGUUGUUAACCCAAGUUUUCUUGUGAAUGCCUUCAAGUGCAUCAUCACAUCCAGAAAAUUUUGUACAAAAGAUAUAUCUUUGAGACCCUUAUGGAAUGAAUUGGAGUCACGUGCUAUAUUACAACAAGCACUUUUGUUGCAAGUUUGGAGCAAUGACAAAAGCAGUCAAUUCAUAAAAUACGAAGAUGUCCUCGUUGCAUUUUUGAAGAAGCAUAGGAUCAUAUCUGAAGCGCUGAAGUUUGAUGAAGAAUCUGGAAAAUUUCUCUCUCUAGAUUACUACAUAGUACCAAGCUUCCUGAAAGAACCCGACAAUGGUGAAAUAAGACAAUUUCUCGAAAACCGAAACCAUACUUCAGUCUCCCUUGUGUACACUUUUGACAACGAAGCAGUUGUUUCCACAGUUUAUCAAAGACUUACAGGAGCAGCAGUUGGAACAUGGCCGGUUGUAGAAUUUCAGAGUAGAAGAUUUCUAUUUGAAAAUGCAAGCAUAUUUAGGAUAAAUUUGAGCUAUGCGGGGACUUUUGUUCGUCUUAGAAAUACCAUAGAGCUGCUCAUUGUACACAUGUGCGAAGGUGGUAAAAUAUCUGCUGAAAUGCCAGAUUUCUUACGACGAUUUGCAGAAAACGUUUUCAAUGUUGAAUUCAAAAAGCUGCAGAAUAUUGAAGACAGCAAAGAAAUUAUACCAUAUACAAUUUCGUUCAGAUGUCAACACAGUUUGCACAAACAUGAGGGAAGUAAAGAAACGUAUGGACUUGAAAUAUUGAAAGAGUGUAAAGAAAAAACAGUGUGCUGUCCAGAUAACAUUGUGCAUGAGAAUAUUGACAUUGACAAAAUAUUUCAUGAAUGGUUUAAGUAUGAGAUGAUUGAUAAAAAGAUACCAGACCGUAGAUUAUCUGACAGAGAACUAGUUGAAUUGACACACGCAAUCGGUUCAGAAUGGGAAUUGCUUGGGAAUUAUCUAGGAGUAAAUUGUAUUGCUCUUCAACACAUCAGGUCGGACAAUGAUUCAACAGCUAUGAUGAUACUGCAGAUGUUACGGAGGUGGGAUCAGGACAAAAUGGAGGCGGCUACAUUAAAUGAAUUGGUUACAGCAAUAAACAAACUACCGCAUGAAUCUGUAGACAAAGAUGUAGUCAAAAAUGUGAUUGAUGGUGUCUACCACCUGUAACAUGAAAUGAAACAGGUAUCUUGUUUACACAGCAACAGAAAUUAUAUCAGUCACCAUCAAAUAAAUUCAAGUCUUUUAUUGAAUGACUUAUCCAGAUCACUUUAUAGUUUUGGGAAGCGUAUAUACUUGUAGCUUUCUCUGUUAAGACUUAAAAAUCAUAUCGUGGUAUUAUAACGUUGAAAAUUGAUGAAAUGUCUCUGAAAUCUGAAAUAUUUUGAUCUCUUGUUCAAUGAUAAAAUUGACAUUGCAGCAGUAUUAAAACAGUGAAUAGCAGUGAAUGGAAUCUUAAAGGAACGACAAUGGUGAGAUUGGUGAUUUGACUAGAUCUGGACAUUUGGGUAAUCUACUUGAAAUUGUAUUAAUAUGUAUUUGAGUUAAAUAAUGACUGACGUGAAUCAUAGAAGCGGAUCUUUCAGGAUAUAUACUAGUAUAUUGUGAUAGCAACAUUAAAAAGCAGGUCCCUUUCUGAAGUUGAAACAGUUCACGAAAUGAAAAUGUUAACACCACUCGGCAGUCAUCAAGAGAACAAAAAAAGAAGCAUCACUGAGACUCCGAAGGACUGAAAGAAUCUGAAGGGUCAUAGACUUGAAUACCACAUUAAUUUGACGGGUUUUAAGAUGUAAAAGGGCACAGAAAUUUAAGGGACUUCAGCGAAAUCGUCCUUUUAUUUCAAGUUUAUUACGCUUGCAUUUUUCUGUUAUUUUAUCUUCAUUUUGGCAAACAAGAAGUUUACUAUUAUAAACUUAAGUCUAAUUAUGUAAUUAGGCAAAUUGACAAAUAUUUAGCCAGUAUGCGAAUGAUUUGUGCGAAGUAUAGAUUUUUACAAAAAAAUAUCGGGCAAUAUAAACUCGUUCCAGAAAGGUCUUAAUUACUAUUACAAAGUAUUUAGCAUAUUUGUUUAAAAUAUUUCACAUACUUAGAUGCACUAUCCGUAUCUUAUUUUGUAAAUAUACAUAUUGUCUAUUUUUAACUGUAGUGCCAAAUGAUGAUGUCAUUACAAUUAAUAGUAAUAAAAGUGAUUGUUUACUAGCCAUAUGCUUUAAACAUGACAUUAAGGCCAAAGGUAAACAACAAAAAGUAAACUAUUAAAAAUGUACAAGCAUCAGCUUUGAACAUUGUGAACAAUACAAAACUUUUAACAGCUCGAUAACUUAAGUAUUCUAUUGUUUAUGUGAUAAUAAUAUAUGUUUUUUUUAUAUUUAGACAAAACUAAAUGAGAAUAAUUCUAAUUUUGCUAUGGUUGAUAUUUUAACUGUAUUUGUUGUCAUUACAAUUUUAGAAUUGUCUUAAUCAUUUAUAUUGGUAAAAUCAGGGCAUAAAAAGCUGUUUCAAUUAUUAGUAUACAAACAAUUCUUAGUUUAUAAAUGUGUAUUUUUUUAAUAUGGUAAUGUUUUUUGUUUUUUUUUUCAUUUAAAUUCUAAGCAUUAUGUAUGCACAAUGCUGCUGCAAACACACAUCAUUUUUUACACAUAAUAUACUUGUGAUUUAAAUUAGGGCUUAUGUCAUGGUCUUUAACAGAAAGCAGUCUGUAUUAAUUGACACAUUUUAAACAUGUCAUAUUAAGAAAAUGAUAUUUUUUAUUUACAGAUUAUUCAGUGAUAAGAGCUUGUACUUAAACCAAUCAAAUCUUUCUAAAAAACGAAUGUUUUACCUGUGCAAAUAAUACAAUAAAAUAUUUAAUAUUCAUUUUGUUCAUUUUAUAACCAUUUAAGGAAUGUUUGUCUUUAACUGUUCCAAAGCUUUACUAUUUACAUGUUCCUGUUCUUGUUCCACAAAGUCUUGAAUCUCACAAUUAUCAUUAUGUGAAUAUUCAUAGUAUAAUACAAUGUGAGUGAUUUUUUCUCUGCCAAUAACUAAUUUUAGCGCAUAAACUAUCUGACUAAUAUAAACAAGAAGUAAUAGUCAUAAGUGAAAUGUGUCGUUUCUUUAUUUUAGUCUGUCGUUUUUGAGAUGUGAGAAGAAUGUAACAGUUAUGUUGAUUUAUAUCUAUAAAUUGAAUUAAUCUAAUUUCAUUUUGUCGAUGAGCAUGUGUCUCCUAGUGUAUAGUGACUUAAUGAAACAUAUAUAUGUUGACUAUCACAAUACAAAAUAAUUAUAUGUACCUUCAGUGUCUUUUUGAGUAUAACUUACUUUGGAUAUAUAUUAUAGGUUAAUAGGUUAAUUGGUAGACACUCACUAGAAAAUGUUUGUGCCAAAUAUCUAAGCUCUAGCUCUAAUUUUCCUUAUAUGUAUAUAGUAAAAACUUAAACAUUCUUCUUUUAAAAAAUCCAAAGAGCUAGAGCUUAGAUAUUAAGCAUGAACAAUCUUAUGGGAGUUCUACCAAGUUUGUUCAAUAAAAUCCCUGGGGUUAAAAAUUGGACCCGCCCCAGUGGUCUUUGAUUUUUCUUAUUAGAACCUUUUGUUUUCCUUUAGCAAUAGCAUCCUGUAAUGUUAUCUCACAAUUAUCAUUAUGUAAAUAUACAUAGUGUAAUUCAAUGUGAGUGAUUUUUUCUCAGCCAAUACGUAAUAUUUAGUGUAUCAGCUAUCUGACUAAUAUAAACAAGAAGUAUUUAAACAGUCAUAAAUUAAAUGUGUCGUAUUUAUUUUAGUCUGUCGCUGUUGAGAUGUGAGAAGCUUGUAACAGUUAUGUUGAUUUAUAUCUAUAAAUUGAAUUAAUCUAAUUUCAUUUUGUCGAUGAAAAUGUGUCUCCUAGUGUAUAGUGACUUAAUGAAACAUAUAUAUGUUGACUAUCACAAUACAAAAUAAUUAUAUGUACCUUCAGUGUCUUUUUGAGUAUAGCUUACUUUGGAUAUAUAUUAUAGGUUAAUAGGUUAAUUGGUAGACACUCACUUGAAACUGUUUGUGCCAAAUAUGUAAGCUCUAGCUCUAAUUGUCCUUAUAUGUAUAUAGUAAAAACUUAAAAUUCUUCUUUUAAAAAAAUCCAAAGAGCUAGAGCUUAGCUAUUAAGCAUGAACAAUCUUUUUAUGGGUGACUACCAAGUUUGUUCAAUAAAAUCCCUGGGGUUAAAAUUGGACCCGCCCCAGGGGGUCAUUGAUAUUUCUUAUAUGUACACUGGUGCCUCAUAUUUCCGUGGUACUUAACUGUAUACACAGACAAUAAAAGUUAGAAGAAUAAAAUUCUGGAAAAUAUGUUGAAUAUUGUAGGAAAGACAUGCCAAUUACAUCAUAGUUAAUUACAUUUAAUGUUUGCAUGUACGCAAUAAUGUACACAACAUGGCAAUUAACACCCAUCUGCUGCAUAGUUAGUAAAGUUGUGUUCUCAUAUUUCCAAGGCAACUACAUUUUAAGUGUUUCAAAAGGAAAAACAAUAGUAAUCUUUAUUUUUUAGCUCACCUAUCACAAAGUGACAUGGUGAGCUUUUGUAAUCGCUUUUCGUUGGGCGUCCGUCCGUCCGUAAACUUUUACUUUAAACGACAUCUCCUCAUUAACCACUUAGCCAAUUUCAUUCAAACUUCACAGGAAUGUUCCUUUGGUAGUCAAUUUUAAAAAUUGUUCAAAGAAUUUAAUUCCAAGCAAAACUCUGGUUGCCAUGGCAACCAAAAGAAAAAACUUAAAAUAUCUUCUUUUAGAAAAUCGCAAAAGCUAGAGCUUUAAUGUUUGGCAUGAAACAUCACUUAGUCAGUAUCUACAAAGUUUGUUCAAAUAAUUGCCCUUGGGUCAAAAUUGGCCCUGCCCUGGAGGGUCUUUGAUUUUCCUUUAUGUAUAUAGUAAAAACAUAAAAAAAUCUUCUUAUAAAAACCCCAAAGAGUUCGAGCUUAGAUUUUUAUCAUGAAACAUCUUCUAAUGGUUAUCUACCAAGUUUGUUCAAAUAAAAGCCCCUGGUUUGAAAUUGGCAUUGGCCCAGGGGCCUAUAUACAGGUGAGCGAUUUCAGGGUCAUCAUGGCCCUCUUGUUUAGUAUAUCUAUACCUAGCCUCGUCUAAAAGUGGGGGUUUUCUCCAAAACAUUUAUCAAAUAUCUCAAAGUCAAUUGCCUUCAAAUGUAUUAAAAGUAAAAUUAAAAUGGUGAAAUAAUUUACUUUUAAAUAAAAUAAUAAGUGUUCUCUUGUCUCUUGUCGUAUAUGUAAAAUUUUGAUAAAAAUACAAUAAAAGGUAAAAGUAAACCUACUGGCAGUUGCAUGAUGUCUAGGAGGCACUUGAGGAUGUUUAUGCCUAAUACCUUGGAAAUAUGGGUACCACGGAAAUAUUAGGCACCAGUAUACAUAUCUUUUAGAACCUUUUGUUUUCCCUUACACGUGUUAGCAAUAGCAACCUGUAAUGUUUUGCAAAUGCACUAGUUCAGAUUUAUACAAAUAUGAACUUUGUGAGUUUUAGAUUAAGAUUUUAUAUCUGCUUUUGUUAAUAGAUUACAAUAUUACUUGUUCCUUGUCAUGGAGAGUUUUAUAUAUUCAGGUGAGCGAAAACUAACCAUUAGUUUUUCAAACUGUGUAUAUGAUUAUGUGUUUAUAUACAGUAAGUAAUUAUAAAAAAUCAGCAGUGUUUGAUCAUUUGCAUUGUCUAGUAAAAGAAAAGGAAUGCAAAUGAAAUUUUAUGAAUUGUUUUGAUUAGAAUAGUUUCAAAAAAGAACAAUGAGAACAUACCUGAGUUUAGAGUUUAGGAUUCUUUAUAUACAUGUAUAAGUGUAAUUUUAUCUGUCAAAAUCUGCAGAAUUUUAUUCAUACUACAAAAUGUGACGUGUUUGUAGGAAUAGUGUAUGUUCUAUAAUUUUCUGUUUAAUGUGAUGAAAUAUGUAAUUCUUCUGCAGAUGAGUUUUUUUUGUAAUAUUAUGUGUCCCAAGUAUGUGUCAGAAAACGUGUACUUUUAAAAAUCAGAUCAAACGAACUGCUAUGGUUUGUUUAAUAAUUAUUGAUAUAUCUUCAUCAGAGACAUAUUGUAAAAACUUAAAUAUAACGUUAUAAACAGAAAUGUAGAUGUCAGUGUAAUAGUAAUUGAAGGGGUCAGUGCAAGUAUGUACCUAACUCCAAUUUAGGGUAAAAUUGAGUUAGGACCUUUGUGAUUUAAAGAACGUAUUUUGGAAUUAGAAUAACCUCCCUUUGUUACUCACUUCUUUGUUUUAAGGUGAAAAUCGUUCUUGGAGGAACUUAACAAAGGUCCUUAUUCCAGAGUUGGAGUUGGUACCUUUGUUACAUUAAUUCUAUCCAUGUUUUCUUGUUUUGAGGUGAAAAAAAUUAUAUGAAAAAUUAAUAAUAUUUUGAUUUUAUGUCAAUAUGUGCAUGAAAAUUUACAACAACAAUGUUUUUUCCAUGUCUUGUCAAAAUUAUUUGCAGAAAUGUUCAUUUGUGUGAAAAUUAUUAUAAAUAUUAUUAUGUGAAUUUUGUGUUCAUGGAAAUAGAACCUUUGUUGCACAUAUACUAUAUUUAUCUUUUUUAAAAUUUUGCAUGAAAACAUUUAAGUCUUAAAGAUAUUGUUUAGAGAUUUUCUAUACAUGCAUAUCACCAUAAAAUGUUUAGUUUCAGAGUAAAUGUUUAAAGUUGAGCAUUCGGGAUGCUUUAUGUAGUUAUUGUUAAUUGUAUAAAUAUUUUACAUUUUAGCGACAAAGGCAUGAUCUGGUACCUAUUAUAUUUUGUUUGAUUUUUCGAUACCAUAGUCUGGGAUAUUGAAACUAUACAGCUAAAGCUGAUGUAUUUUAUAAUUUUUGUAACUUUGGUUAUUUUAAUGCAGUCGUCUAAUGAAAAUAUGUUUACUACAGUUCCUUAAUGCAAUGUUUUUGAAGUUAUCCGUAUUUGCAGUUCGCACAUAAAAUAUAUAUUCUGAAUUAUUGAAUUCGUAAGGUAGGUGCCUUUAUAAUUGAACUGGCUUGAAUGUUAAAGUUUUGUUUCUUUCUAUGAAGAAAAUAUGUUUAAAACACAUUUGUUUUUGUCAAUUUAUCAAUUAAUUAAUCAAUCAAAUAUUCAUCAAUUUACCAACAAAAGAAUGCGUAACAAAUACAAACUAUACAAUUGAUGAUUUGUUUCCUUAAGCUUUUUAAGCUAAAUAUUAAUCAUUUAAUAAAUAUACCUAUUUUUCAAAUAAAAUGGUUAAAAAUUGUGUCAAACAUACAACUUUGGUUUCAAAUGUUUUUUAUUAAUAACAUUUCUUAUUAGUGAAUUAAUUCUAAAAUAUUUCAAUAAAAAACUAAAAUUUCAUAAAAUGCCCUUUUUCUGAAGAUAAUGUUAAAUAACGUUAGGUACCAUAUUGCACUAACCCCUUGAAUUUUAAAAACUCGUUCUUAUGAGUCAUCAGCUUUUGUUACACAAAUUAUUAUCCACAAUUUAAUUAAUCUCUUUGUAUAUACAUACUAUCAUUGAUUUGACAUUGUUUUGUUUUUAUAUGUAUUGUAUUUACAUAGACGAGGAGCGAAAAGCUCAAGAUUUUAUUCUGUUUAAUGAAAUACCUGCGUUUUGUGAAGAAAAUAAUCGUAUUUAAUAUACCUUAAUUGACAUUUAGUUAAAAAGAAAUGAAAUAAUAUUGCCUAAAUUUAUGCUAUGCUUAAUUUUGGAUAAUUUUUGCUGUUUUGUUGAUAUUUCCUCUAUUGGUUAUCAUGAAAACCAUCGAUGUUUUGACAAUAAGUAAUCCGAUGAUCUUAUCAUUUUGUCACUAAAUUUGGACAGGAACAAUUAGAUGAUGGUGUAUAGAAAGAAUGACUGUAGAAUUUCAUGUAUUUUAAUUUAUUUUCAGGGUUUGUGUCUGUUUGAUCUACUUUUCUGGAGUUAAAUAAUAUAAAAACCAGUUGUUGUUUGUUGGGUUUUUUAGGAAACAAUAUCAUAGUGUAGUUUAUUUUAUAAUAAGACAAUAAAAUUUGAUGAU